GAAUUAACAGUAAUGGCAUCCAUGUCUACAUUAGCUGAAGAGUUUCUGACAUGCUCUAUCUGCUUCGAAGUCUACACUGAUCCGAAAACACUGCCAUGCCUGCAUUCAUUUUGUAAAGGUUGUAUCGAUAACUUCACAAAGAAAAAACAGAAUAAAAAGGAAUAUCCUUGCCCAGUGUGUAGGGAAACAUUUCAACUUUCAAAUAAUAAUGCAGAAAAUUUGAAGACAAAUUUCUGUUUGAAAAAUCUUAUUGAACUUGUUAACUCCAGCAAAGAAGUGAAGAAACUAUGUUCGUUUUGUGGUCUAAAAGGUGAAAACGUCGAUGCAUCUUCGCAGUGUCUUACAUGUAAAGAUUUACUUUGUUCUGAAUGUGCGGAGCAUCGUCAUAGGUCUUCUACACUAACACUAAAUCACAAAAUCGUCUCUCUCUGUGAAGUUUCUUCUGGAAAAUAUAAUGAGGAAAUUCGUUCCAAACAGCAGAUUCCCUGUUUUGAACAUACUGGUGAGGACUUGAGGUACUUCUGCGAAACAUGUGAUGUUUCAGUUUGUCGCGAUUGCAUUGUCCUCAGUCAUCAAAACCAUAAAUGCAUUUCUCCAUCAGAUGCAAGGAAAACAAUGGAAGAAAAGCUGAACAGCUUUAUGAACUCUCUCAAUGAAAAUGUGGAAAAAUUUCAGGCUGCCAAAGAAAAUGUAGCAUCUGCUUCAGCUAAUUUGGAGGUCAAAAAGCAAGAGUUGAAGGCAGAUUUGAAAAAGAAAAUGAAUGUCAUUAUUAAAAAUAUGAUGGAUACAAAGAAGUCAGUCGAAAACGAAUUAGAUCAGAUUGUGAAAUCAAAGCAAGACACGUUGCAAAAACAAGGGGAAUCAAUUGAAAAGGAAAGGAAAUUACUAGAAGAGACAUAUUCGUUUUGCAAUAACCUUCUCAGAUGUGGAAGUGAUAUUGAAAUUCUUUCUAUGAAAUCAGAAAUAAAAGAUCGUCUUUCAACAUUACAAUCUUUGAAAAGAACAGAAUGUUGCAAUGUCGAAGACAUUGACUUACCUGUCAUUGAAAGCAGUACUAAUGGACGUGUUUUUAACUUGGUAUACCAAAACGUAGGGGAAAGUAACAGAAAUUCAAAGCAGGAAGACACAAAACUAGAAAGAACAAAUCAAGACAAGGCUAAAAAUGAAACAAAACUCGAGAGAAAUGGACCAAUUAGAUCAAUGGCCAGUCGUUUAUAUCCCAGAUUACUACAGACAUUUUGGGAACCAUACUCUGGCGAUAGUCAAAAACCAAGAUACUCAAGCGUCACAUGGAUGAAUGAAGAUUCCUUUGCAGUUGUUGAUCAGCGAAACCAAAAGGUAAAACUUUUCUCAAAGCAAAACAAUGAUAUCAAUUCAAUAGCUGUACAGGACUGUGAAGCGCUAACGUCUUUCAAGGGUGGGCUAGCGUGUAAAACAACAACGAACAAACUGCAUAUGAUUAACAAUUUUUUGAACAUAAGGGAGACAUUUUCAGGUGUUUCAAUUUUGUUGACUUGCCAUCCGAAUUCAUCUCAAAUAAGUUGGAUCUCCGGUUUAGAUAAAAUAUGCGUUUUAGAAAAUUCCAAAAUCAAAGAAGUCGUCAUCACUGAUCCAAACAAAGCAGGGAAACUAAGUAACCCGAAAUUUGGACACGUUCUAACCAAUGGUAUGUUUGUAGUUUCGGACUGGGACCGGGAUUGCGUAUUUUUCAUUAGGGAUUCUGGGUAUAUAGAGAGAAGGAAAUAUUGCUGUCCGGAUUCCAUUACCUCGGAUUCUAACAAUAUUAUCUAUGUAUGUGACGAUGAAAAGAGUCGUAUUGAGAUAAUAAGAUGGUCAGGAGAAACUCUGCAGAUAGUUAAGAUUGGUUCAAUCAUAAAGAACCCGAAAAGUAUUGCCAUGAACAAAGACGACCAAAUGUUAAUCACAAAUGGAAAAUCCAUCGUUUUGCUUCAAAUGGAAUAAACUUGGAAAACUUUGAAGACAAAAUUUCUGAUGAACCGUACUAGUGCAGUUUUGUAUUUUUGUCAUAUCGAUAAUUCUUGUCAGAUGCAAGGAACUGUUUAAAAAAGAAAAGAAAGUUUUCUCUCAAAAAUAUAUCAUUGUAUGACAAACGUGUUUUAUAGGGACAAUAAUUUUUGUAUCUUGUUCUAAUUUUGUAGACGCUUAUGUCAAGCUUGAUUUCUUCAGUGAUUUCAUGUUUUUUUUAAAGCUUAUUAUAAUGUCAUUUUUUAAAUUAUGUCUAUUUUGGGGGAAACCAUGUUUAUGAGAAAUGUAACGAAAGUUAAGAAAUUAUCUAUAAGUCAAAACUAUUCCCUGGGAGCAGAUUUCAGUCGAAAUUUCAAACUAAAUAUAACUUAAUUUUGAAGUACAUGUACAUAGAACUUUUCAUGUUUGUAUUUGAAAAUUUUUCAAACUCGCAACU